CAAGCAAGCGAACCAAAAGCGAACUAUUUGUAGUCCAUUUUCACUACCCUCUCUUCGACGAACGAUUCAAGCGCUUCAGCUACUGGUUUAGCUCCCACUUAUACCCGCCGUUGCUGAACUUGUAUAUUCGCUCAGUGGAACAACAAUAGAGCUGACAGACUGAUCUUUACCACCACAACUCGUAAUGGCUCCGACUUGUCCGUCUGACAACACAUUAGCCGUCGACCAGUCCAGUUUCUGGAGCUCUGGGAAUUUAAACUGGGACGAACAUCGAAUAGGAUGGGCGAUCGCAGGAGGAUGUGCUGUGCUAACAGUUAUUAUUUCGAUGAUUACAGUAUUGCAGCAUUGCCGAAAUUAUAACAAACCCAACGAGCAGCGUCAAAUUUUGCGAAUCCUAUACAUGCCACCAGUAUAUGCUGUUAUUUCAUUCUUUUCCUACCGAUAUUUCCGGAGUUACACAUACUACGCGCUCAUUGAAGUCGCAUACGAGGCUGUCACCUUGAGUGCAUUCCUACUCCUCCUGAUCGAAUUCGUGGCAGCCACGGCCGCAGGUGGCGAUGCUACAAAGGCAAUUGAACGAAAGGAUAAAAGGCCUUUACCGCUUCCUUUUUGCUGUUGGAGAUACCGACCCACAAAGCCUUACUUCAUGUAUACCCUCAAGUGGUCAGUUUUACAAUACGUUGUUAUCCGUCCAGCUGUUUCCAUUGCUGGUAUCGUCUGUCAAGUAUACAACGUGCUUUGCGAGUCUGGCCCUUACAGCAUAUAUUAUGCCAAUGUCUAUCUCGAGGCUGUUGAUUUCGUCAGCAUAACUGUGGCACUCUACGGGCUCUUUCUGUUUUACGGACUCACCAAGGAGGAACUGGAGGGGCGACGACCACUGGCUAAAUUUCUCUCCAUCAAGCUUAUCGUGAUGUUCACCUUUUAUCAGUCGUUUGUUUUUAGCUCGCUAGAAGGUCGCGUUAUCAAAGCCACCCAAUACUGGACUGCGGCCAAUAUUUCAGACGGUCUUAAUGCGCUGGCCAUAUGCAUCGAGAUGGUUUUCUUCUCAAUAUUGAUGAUGUGGGCAUACACAGUCAAUGAGUACAAAGUGCCAGGGAACAAGACAACAAGCAUAUGGCGCCCAUUAUGGGACAGCAUCAAUUAUUGGGAUUUCGUUACAGAGAUAGGAAGCUCGUUCAAGUUCUUCUUUAGCUACGCCCGCGGCGCCCCGUCAACCCACUCAAGUAAGAAGAUGAAUUUUGCACAGGCAUUUGGGGUCGACGGCAAGUCAGUGGCAGAUGGCGAUAAGUCACUGACUGAAGAAUCAAUACGGCUAGCUCCAUAUCCCUACAGUGAUGCCCGCAAUGCAGACAGCGCCAGUCCCGUGCCGUAAUGAAUCGGGCCAAAUCAAGCUGGACUUGUCGUGAUACCAUGCGUCACAUAUUUCCAAGGACAUCUUCAUUACCCAGAUCUGCUGGAGUCUCACUUUAUUUGCUUGCUUUUAUAUAUCCACGAUCUUUACUUGUGUAUAUCUGUGCUAUCAACCGUUAAUACGUCUGACUACGCGACACCACGAAAGUUCGGCCUCUACGAACAUAUCCACGCACAUGUACAAUAUUGUACAAUACUACUCUGUACAGUAAGUUGGGUCCACAUAUAUAUCUGGCCACGCCAAUGACACCAA